GCAGAGAGACUUUGUUUAUUGGGAAGCAGAAUUCCCAGGAAUCAGAACACAGAGGGCUCUAGGACCUCAGAGUACAUGACAGUAUAGGGAGGUGUAGAUGCAUCUAUAAGCCUGGAAGAGUUCUAAGCAGCAGCAUCAGUCCGGCUGAGCCAGGGAGGUAACCUCAGACUACACAGAGGAUAUACUAAUACAGGGUGGGAAGCUGACACAUGAUAAGGAUUUGCCUGCAACUCACCGCCAGCAUCACAAGUGAUGGGAUUCCCUUUCUCCAUCCUCAUCUUCCAGAUGUUACUUUGGAGUCUUUUGCUUGUUGCUGAUUGGUGCUCGGGACUCCAUGCUGAAUCAAUUUUAACACCUGGCUUCCCAAUAACUAGCAUGUCUAUGAAUGAAGCUGAAAAGGACGUUGUAUCAUCUCAGCUCAAACCAGCCGGAGAAUCAUGUGACUUUCAAACGCAUUGUUCUUGGACAUCAUCUACAAGUCUGAACGGAAAGCCACACUGGGUGCGAACACUCGUUGGAGAAUUGUCAUUGCAAGACCAGAUACAGCUUCUGAACAAGUCUAGAAGCCUUGAUGAUGGAAUUCUUCUUCUAAACACAAGCCUGUUCUCAGAGAGCUGCAUUGAGGCCCAGCUACUGAGUCCUUUGUAUUCUGGGAGUUCCGGGACGUGUCAGCUGGAAUUGAUGUUCUACUCUAAAGAUGAGUCCUUGGCUCAGAAACUUAAAGUUAUGAUGCAGGACAAGAAAUCAAACCUUACCAUAGAACUACCACCCUUCAGACAAGAGGAAGCCAGCCAAUGGACUCACUGGAGGCUGCUGAGCACUGAAAUUGGUGGAAUGGGUUCCCCCUUUCAAAUCUCUGUGGAUUAUCAACUGUGUGUCCCAAAAACAGAGACCAACCUAGUCCUGGACUCUCUCCAUCUCAAGAACUGCUUUGGUGGUAAGAUAAUUGCAGAAUGUUGUUUUACUUUGUUCCUUCAUCAAAGUAACAAAGAAGAUUUAUUCUCUUGUCCAUGGGAGUCAUCUUUCCUUUGUAAAAAUGGGGAAUGUAUUGGUCGCACAAAAGUUUGUGACUUUCAGAUAGACUGCCCAGGAGGAGACGAUGAAGGUGCAAUAUGUGAAAAUAUCCUCCCUCCAGGUGGCCAUUGCACUUUUGAAGAAGGCACUUGCCACUGGACUGCUAAUACCACAACUGGCAGCUCAUGGACAUAUACCAAUUCAGUGCAGUUGAAUCUUGGAGAUAACAUCCACUCACUUUCUACAGCAGGGCAUUUAUUGCAUCUGCCAAUCAAAAGUGAGCAUAAUAGUAGCACUGCAACCGUGUACAGUGAAUUUUUCCCCCCUGUGCUGCCAAACAAAACCUGUCAGUUUACUAUGAAGUUCCUUGUGUAUGGCACCUUCAAUGGCACGCUCGCAGUGUAUUCUCAAGAGGAAAAUGCUGGUAUGGGCACAGCUAAGUUAUGGUUGAUGCAAGGAAGUCAUACUGAUUCCUGGUCUUCAGCAACAUUCAAGAUUCCUCAGUUCAAUCACAGAUUCCGCAUGCAGUUGGUGGCCACAUGGGGUAGAGAUUCACUCACGCACAUCAUCGUUGAUAACAUCACAUUUUCUGUAGACUGCUUUAAUUCAGGAAGAAUAAAAUUGAGUUCUGGAGAACGGGAAGCACCAGAUCAGAGAGACUUGUGGGAAGAUGACACUGUCAACCCCCUGUCGGAGCCUAUUUUCACCGAAGAGGAAGAAGACAUGUACUGGCAGUUCUCUACUUGUGGUGCCAGAGGAUCUCAUGGCCCAACUCAGGCCCAGUGUAACAAUGCAUACCGCAAAACCAACAUUUCUGUGACUGUUGGGAAAGAUGGCCCACUGAAGGGUGUCCAGAUGUGGAGGGUCCCAUUUACCAAAGUAUACAAGAUUUCAGCUUAUGGUGCAGCGGGAGGUAAAGGAGCCAAGAACCAUAACAAGCGCUCUCAUGGCAUCUUCUUGUCUGGAGUCUUCCACCUAGAGAAAGAUGAGUUGCUCUAUAUCCUGGUUGGCCAACAAGGAGAAGAUGCAUGCCCUGGGAAAAAUAAUAAGACCCAAGAAAUUUGCAUUGGAGAGCUAUCAGUCAUCGAGGAUGAAUACAAAGAGAAGAACAGUCUCUUGGAUUGGGCAGGUGGAGGAGGAGGUGGAGGUGGAGCUACCUAUGUAUUUAAGGAGGUGAAUGGGGUGUUGAUACCAUUACUGGUUGGUGCAGGAGGAGGAGGAAAAGCUUAUCUUGAAGGUCCAGAUGAUGCAUCAGAUCCUGAACAGCAAGAGACAUAUGAAAGAAAUAUGACAAUUCCUGGGCUGAAUGGAAACAGUGGAGCAGCAGGUGGAGGUGGUGGAUGGAGUGACAUUACGGAGUUGCCAUGGGCUGGGAAAUCUCUUCUUGAAGGAGCAGAAGGGGGUCAAUCUUGCUAUCAGGCAAGAGCCACUCUUCAGUGGGACAUCUAUGGUGGCUUUGGUGGUGGUGGAGGUCCAUGUACAUCUGGUGGAGGUGGAGGAGGAUACCAAGGUGGCCAUGCAACCGAGCUGGAUGAUAUCUCCACUGAUGGGCAGGAUGGUGUUUCAUUCAUUAAUACCUCUGGAGAGCUGUUUCUUCAGCCCUUGGCUGGAAUGGAAAAUGAUGGGGAAGUCCAGAUCGAGUUGCAUUUAAACUGCAGUCAUUGCAAGUCUGGAAUGUGUAAGGACGGUGAUCGGAGAGUAGUGUGUGUGUGCGAGGCUGGGACCAUGCUGGCAGCUGAUAACAUCACCUGUGUAGCACCCAAAGGUCCUAUUGCAGACAGGCAGCUUCCGCUUCCACUUAUUCUCGCUGUCCUUAUUGCUACAGUUAUACUUGGUGUGAUAUUUGCCUGUGGAAGUCUGUUAUUUGUUUACCACCGCAAGAAGAAGCAGCUGGAGGGUGCGCGAGUGAGAUUGCAGAGCACCGAGUACAAACUUAGUAAAAUCCGUAGUUCCAUUAUCAUGACAGAUUACAAUCCAAAUUACUGCUUUGCUGGGAAAGGAGCCGGGCUAAGUGAACUGAAGGAAGUUCCUCGGAAAAAUAUCACUUUGCUCAGAGCCCUCGGGCAUGGCGCCUUUGGUGAGGUUUAUGAAGGUCUGGUGGUUGGCAUUUCUGGAGAUCCCAAUCCACUGCAAGUAGCAAUUAAGACUCUCCCCGAAAUCUGCUCUGAGCAGGAUGAGAUGGACUUUCUAAUGGAAGCGCUUAUAAUCAGCAAAUUCAACCACCAGAAUAUAGUGCGUUGUAUAGGAGUCAGCCUGCAGACUCUUCCCCGCUUUAUCCUGCUGGAGCUUAUGUCUGGUGGAGACAUGAAAACCUUCCUGCGCCAAAAUCGUCCAUUGGUGAACCAACCAUCAACUUUAACAAUGUCAGACCUGCUCAACAUGGCCAGAGAUAUUGCCUGUGGCUGUAAGUACCUGGAGGAUAACCACUUCAUACACAGGGAUAUUGCAGCCAGAAAUUGCCUUCUGACCCAUACCAGCAGCGGACGUGUGGCUAAAAUAGGUGACUUUGGAAUGGCUCGGGACAUCUACAGAGCAAGUUACUAUCGAAAGGGAGGGAGAGCCAUGCUGCCUGUGAAGUGGAUGCCUCCCGAGGCUUUCCUAGAAGGAGUCUUCACUUCCAAGACUGACUCCUGGUCCUUUGGUGUACUACUUUGGGAGCUCUUCUCAUUAGGAUAUAUGCCUUACCCAUGUAAAACCAAUCAGGAGGUGCUGGAGUUUGUAACAAGUGGUGGACGGAUGGAUCCUCCCAAAAACUGCCCAGGACCAGUAUAUCGGAUAAUGACGCAGUGUUGGCAGCACACACCAGAUCACCGACCAAACUUCUCAACCAUAUUGGAACGGAUUAUCUACUGCACACAGGAUCCUGAUGUCAUCAAUACUGAUCUCCCUGUAGAAAGCUGUCCAGCCCUAGAAGACGAAGGCAGUACAAUAAUGCGGCCAACCAGCUGUAACGGAAUGGCACCUCUUUUGGGCAACCCUGCACUCCCAGUUAUGCUGGACACACAGACCAUGGAGCAUAAGCUAGGUGAUUUUCCUGAGGAGUUACGGGUUGAAAAUCUGGUGAACUGGAACCUCCGAGCUCCCGGUCUACAAUGUGUUGAUGAACCUUCAGACAGUUCAUGGGCCCAAUCAAACCCAAACUCAACAUCAGAGACAAAACCCCAAAUGCCCCACAAACUAAAGAACAAAUCCAAAAAUCUCUGGAACCCAACUUAUGGGUCUUGGGUAAUGGAAAGCACCUGCUGACCUGCUUAGGCAUCCUAGUUUCCUGCUAGGAUAAGAAGACUCAGGUUUAUACCUUGAAACUAUGGGACCUGUCUGUACCACAAGCCAGACGUUUCAGCAUUUCCAAAGAAAACUCACUACAUCCUCUGAUCACCUUCACUUGUUUCAAGUUAGAUUGCAGGCAAAAUAAAACUUGAUAUCCCCAA